AUGCUGGACCAGCCCCACUGGCCUGUGUUCCAGAGCCUCUUGUCCUUCGGUUCCAGUCUCACUCAACUCACAGCCACACUACAGCCACACUGGGCUCACUCCUUACUGGUCCUGUCCCGGCCAGGCAAUGAGGAUGUCCAGCCCCAGCAGAGACGGAUGCCCGAGGCUGACAUACCGUCAGAAAGGGGCAGUGUGCCCACUACCAUGCUGGCCAUGGUGCUGCUGCUCCAGGCCCUGCCUUUCUGGCCUGGUGAGCACCGAGUAAGAUGUCUUCAAUUCAGAAACCCAAGGGGGAAGGGAGGUUUGGUUUGCUUUUCUUUUCAAGGAUGUUAA